UCACGGAUAGGCGGCACUGAUAGACAGCACUGAUAGGUGGCACUGACUGGCAUCACUGCUUGGCACUGACUGGCGACACUGCUAGGCAUUGACUGGCGCAACUGCUGAGCACUGACUGGCACAACCACUGGGCACUGACUGGCAGCACUGCUGGGCUGCACUGAUGGGCACAGGUGGGUUGCACUGGUGGGCACAUGUGGGUGGCACUGCUGGGCACAGGUGUGUGGCACUGCUGGGUGGCACAGGUGGGCGUACUGCUGGGCACAGGAGGGUGCAGUGAUGGGCACAGGAGGGCACACUGCUGGGCACAGGUGGGCGGAACUGGUGGGUGGCACUGCUGGGCACCGAUCAUCAGGGCACCGAUCAUC